GAGGAACUAACGACCACGUUAAGGGCCGUUAUCUCCCCCACGCUGACGGUGGUCGUGUUCCUCUCCGCCCUGCUGCGUAUCAUACGUAAGGUUGUCAACAUGUUGCAGUGAGUAAUGCUCCGACUACUGAUAUUGAUAAUGGCCAGUUGGGGGGCGCAGGGAUGCACCAAUUCCGAGAGCUGCCCGCCGGUGUCGCCCAAUAAUGGCUCCAAGGACUUCUGUUACUCUGCUCGGAUCCGCAGCACAGUGCUCCAGGGCUUGCCUUUUGGUGGGGUUCCCACUGUCCUCGCCCUUGACUUCAUGUGCUUCUUGGUGUUGCUGGUUGUGUUCUCCUUCUUGAGAAAAGUAGCAUGGGACUACGGACGCCUCGCUCUGGUGACUGACGCUGACAGAAGAAUGGAUCAACGGUACAGUCGCCUGGAUGAUCGGGAAUAUGUGGCCUCUGCCUUAGCGUCCGAUGCACCCGAGCGCUACGAGCGUCUCACUUCCGUGUCCAGCUCUGUGGACAUUGAUCAGAGAGACACAGGUUUCUGCUCCUGGCUAACUGCCAUUUUCCGCAUCAAGGAUGAGGAGAUAAGGGAGAAGUGUGGUGAGGAUGCAGUGCACUACUUGUCCUUUCAGCGCCACAUCAUCGGCCUGCUGGUUGUGGUGGGCGUGCUGUCUGUGGGCAUCAUCUUGCCCGUUAACUUCUCGGGAAACCUACUUGAAAACAAUGCCUAUAGUUUCGGGCGAACAACGAUAGCAAAUUUGAAUGCAGAUAAUGCACUACUGUGGCUGCACACCACCUUUGCAUUUCUCUACCUGUUACUAACGGUGUACAGCAUGCGACGGCACACCUCCAAGAUGCACUACAAGGAGGAUGACUUGGUGAAACGCACUUUAUUUGUCAAUGGAAUCUCCAAAUACGCAGAGGAGAUUGAGAUAAAGCAACACUUUGAACAUGCGUAUGCAAACUGCGCUGUGCUAGAAGCACGUAUCUGUUACAAUGUGGCCAGGCUGAUGUAUCUCAACUCUGAAAGGAAGAAGACCGAGCGCAGCAAGAAAUUCUUCCUUGACUUGUUGGCAAAGGAGCACAUCACAACCAUGAUCAAUCCCAAACCCUGCGGACACCUUUGCUGUUGCAUCAUCAAAGGCUGUGAGCAGGAAGAGGCAGUGGGCUACUAUACCAAGCUGGAGGCGCAACUAAAAGAUGACUACAGGAAGGAGAGGGAAAAGGUUAACAGGAAGCCCUUAGGGAUGGCCUUCGUCACCUUCCAGAACGAAUCCAUCACUGCCACAAUCUUAAAAGACUUUAAUGCUUGCAAGUGUCAGGGCUGUCAGUGUCGUCAGGAGCCCAGAACCUCUCAAUUCAGCGCCAAGCUCCACACACACAACUGGACUGUCAACUACGCCCCUGAUCCGCAAAACGUCUAUUGGGAGCAUCUGUCAGUGGGAGGGUUCGCCUGGUGGAUCCGCUGCUUAAUCAUCAACCUUGUCCUCUUCCUCCUCCUCUUCUUCCUCACCACCCCGGCCAUCAUCAUCUCCACAAUGGACAAGUUCAAUGUUACCAAACCGGUCGAGUACCUAAAUAAUCCAAUCGUCACCCAGUUCUUCCCCACCCUCCUCCUGUGGUCCUUCUCCGCCUUACUUCCAACCAUUGUCUACUAUUCUGCCUUCUUAGAAUCCCAUUGGACCCGGUCAGGAGAGAACCGGACCACGAUGCAUAAAUGCUACACUUUCUUGAUCUUCAUGGUCCUGUUGCUGCCUUCCCUCGGACUCAGCAGUUUGGAUGUUUUCUUCCGCUGGCUUUUUGACAAAAAAUUCUUGGCAGAUGCUACCAUGAGAUUUGAGUGCGUGUACCUUCCUGACAAUGGAGCCUUCUUUGUGAACUAUGUCAUUGCAUCGGCCUUCAUCGGUAAUGCCAUGGACCUGCUGAGGAUCCCUGGACUACUUAUGUACAUGAUCCGCCUCUGCCUGGCUCGCUCUGUCGCCGAGAGGAAGAACGUCAAGAGGCACCAAGCCUAUGAGUUCCAGUUCGGAGCAGCUUAUGCCUGGAUGAUGUGCGUCUUCACUGUGGUAAUGACCUACAGCAUCACCUGCCCAAUCAUCGUUCCUUUUGGUGAGUUCGGCCAUUUCAAAUCCCCCCCCCCCCGGCGGUUACUGCACGAGAUCGUGCUCUUCUUAAAUGACGGCAGGACAGACGCACAGAGGGCAGGCUGCGCUCGGUGGUUCUGCUGUUGGUACAGAAGCUUAUCAGCAGGCCUAAUGGGAUUAGUUCCACUAAAUGUUUUGUCUCUCUGCACAGGGCUGAUGUACAUGCUGCUGAAACACCUCGCGGACAGGUACAACAUGUACUACGCCUAUCUGCCAUCCAAACUGGACAAGAAGAUCCAUUCUGGAGCGGUCAACCAAGUGGUGGCCGCUCCUAUUCUCUGUCUCUUCUGGCUCCUGUUCUUCUCCACUGUUCGCUCCGGGUUUUCAGCUGCCACGUCCAUGUUCACGUUUAUAGUUUUGAUCAUCACAAUCAUCAUCUGCCUCUCUCACGUCUGCUUCGGACACUUUAAAUAUCUAAGUGCUCACAACUACAAGAUUGACACCCAGGCGGUGGACGGGUUGGAGAAUGGGCGUCCAGUGUGCCCUUCUGCCGCCAACAAGGCAGCACAAAUGUACAUCGCUCAGGUACUUCAAGACCCAAAUUCGGGGGAGGCUUGUUCAGCCAGUGGAGAAGAAGAUGGCCAGGGUUCCUCGCAGGACGAGGAAAUAAUCAACGUCGAAAAUGGCCUGAAUGAGGACUUCCAGUCUGGCGAAGACAGCCUCAUUGAUAAUGAGGUUCGGCACUAAUGCUGCCUGGAACAAAGAAAAGAAUCUCCUAGGUUUUACUUGAGGAGUGCACUGAAUAUGUGAAUUAAACUAGGAACUGAACCAACAGUUCUCCAAAGCAUCUCAACGUCCAUGGAGGGACUUGACACUAACGGCAGCACACCGCCUACUAAGGAUUGGAUGGAUUGUCGCUUAAGGAUUGUCGCAUUUUCAUCACUGGAUCUCACCGAACACCAUCUUCUGUCUGAAUACCCGCAGAGGGAAUCUCCUCUGACGAUGCAAGGCCAGCUCCAUCCUUCUGCCCCGACACAGCUGAGGCACACCCACACAAAAAUAAUUCUAAAUGCACAUGGAUCCAUCAAAGAAAGACACUAAUGCACAAAAAGAAGAAUAGUUUGCCUUGUUUUGUAAGGGAAGGGAUGCUCUGUCUGUGUUUUCUUUAAACAUUAUUGCACUUGAAAGAGAGGACCUGUCCCAUACGCUCGGGUUUCACUAGGGUACUGUAGAACAGCAUGCCUUCACGUUCAAACGGUGGAGGGAUUUGUCUCUGAUCCUUUGCCAGUAUCUCUAAUUGUCUGCACUAAAUGCUUCCCCUGAAUAAGCAGCUGAUGCGAGCGGAGCCCCAGAGGUGUUGCCCACACAGUGCAGACAGGUGCGUACAGAUGUGUCCAAAUGGUUCUUCUAAUUCCCUAAAACCCAUUUUUAUUAUUGCUCCUAACCCUCCUGGAUGCUUUGACACGACAGCAACAACACUCUGGAUCUGUAAAAUAGCCUUUUUUUUGACACUGGUAUUUAUUUGUAGGCAUUGAAUGUGAAACGUGGGUUGCGUAUCUUGGCACACUACAUUUUGAAUAGGAUCUUUUUGGCGUUCGGUCUCUGAGCCUUUGGCGGGGGGGCGGACUGCUGUUGGACUGUUGCUACUGAUGCUGCCCACCGGUAGAGGGAAGUCCUUACACGGCAUCUGCAGGAGGACCAGAGGCCAGGAGCCUGCCGAUCCUUUCGUGUCACUCGGGGGACGGAGAGAAAAGCUUUUUGAGGGGUUUCUUUCUGGGUCAGCUUCACGUGAUAUUGUGACUGGUUCUCUUUAUCUGUUGUUUUUCCGUUCAUUUUUGACCCAGAUGUUUACGUAAUUCUGUAGGUUUUUUGAAAGGAGCAUUCAGUGCAGGUGACUACCGAUAGUUUGACGUUGUCUGCCAGGUCCUCUUCAUAUUCAUCAUGUAGGGAGCAACCUGCUCCAGUGGUCCCCAAGCAUUGUGGCUGUGAUUGGCAAUCACUCAAUGCAGAGUUUUAGAUUGUUAUCUCAAAUUGUGCAAUUUUGGGAAUAACGCAUCAGAUCGGAGAGGCCACUUGAGCGAGUAACUCCAGUAGAGGAGGUCCACUUCUAUUUAAAACCUUAAGUUUAUGAUAUUGAAUAUAGGAUUAUGCCCCUGCCAUUGAAAUCAAAAUAGAAUACAUGUUAUUUAUGUUUGUUCUUGGCUUGUAAUGAAGUGACUGAGUCCCCCCCCCCCCAAGUGUACAUUCCUUUUGCAGAUCCAGUUGUAAUGUCAGAGCAAUCUUCUUGUUCUACAACGCCACACUAGAUCUCCCUCAGCCGUCUGAAGCAGCUCCUUUUUCAGGUAUCUGGAAACUCGGAAAGAAACGCAGUAUUUAACAAUACAAACGGCAGGUUAGAACAUGAUGUGAAAGUGCCCACACGGCUAUGACCCUACUCAGGAUUUAUGAAGCUUUCUGUUUCUAUCAUUUGACUUGCCCCUUACUUAAGACAACACUAUAUGAGUGUCCCCAUUACACACAAAGAAGGUGAUGACGACUGAUUACCAAUACAGGAUGUCACCACGGACCAGUUAUGUUUAUUGGGCCAUAAUAAUGAACAUGUAUUAUCCAGCUGCUCUGCAAACUAUUGUGUGAAAUGUGCACUAAUCUUACUUUCACUUGUAUGAUUGCCGGAGAAGCCCCCCCCCCCCCCCCCACACACACCCCUGUGGGUGCAAUGGUGAACCUAAACAGUUUCCAUAAUGUGUCCAUGGGUAUAUUGGCACCACAUAUGGGUAUAAUAUUAUGGUACUAACAAGAUAAUUGUUUGACACCGUUGAGUCUGGUCAUGAUGGGGUCAUUUUUUAUUUUAAUUUAAAUAUCUCUGAUGUCUUUAAAUCUGAAUGCGUCCUGUCAAAAUAACAUCCCAGGUCCAUCUGAGGGAGAUGCAUGCGAUUUCUCAUGUUGUCUAACAACUCCAGUGUUUAAACCCAGAAUGUAGGUUAAUGCCACAACUGUUGAUGAAUUGAAAGUGGUUGGAGCAAUGGUGUGACGGCUGUAUGCACGCAGCUACAAAAGGACAGUCCACUAACUAAACACAAAAGUUUUGUACUUAUAAUGUAUAUGCACAUCUUCGUCCAGUGCCAUGUCGGGGCAUUCCAUUCGAGAACAUGAUCUACUUUUGUCAGUCUGAUGGUUGCAAUGAUUUCCAGUAGUCCUUUUCUAAUGGCUCAUGAUGAAUUCUUUUGUUUUUCAGUUUAUCUUCAUAAGAUCUGUAUAGAUAGUGGGACUCAAUAAAAAUAAAUGUAUUGUUUUUGCAAACAGCCAAGCACUUUCUAAUAGAAGUUCUCAGCUUGUUUCUACAAUGUGCUCAGAAUGGGUCGUAAACAUGUAUCCGUGUCUCAGAUCUGUGCACAGUUAGAAAGAGUUUGUUUGUGUGCGUUGACAUUUUUAUAGUUUUGCAUUUGUUUUUCUUGAUAGGAAGAGUAACUAUAGCCGAAUCUCAGCAUUUGACAGUCUCAUUUUAUUAUUUUUAUUCAAAGGGCCGUCAGUUCAACAGAUAUAUUGUACCCCCUCCACCCGACCCUGCUCUUUGAACAAUAAAUCUGUAUUUAAUCAUGUUUA